AUGCCUCGGCGGCAGUUCGUCGCCGAUCUGGCCAAGGUCCAAACUGGUACCCUGCCACUCGGCAUCAGCGACGUCAAGGCUGGUGAAGAUGAUGGCCAAAUCGAGUUCCUCUUCCACGGAGCAUCUGGCUCGUUACCCUCAGGACCCGCCAAAAUCACCGCACUGGUUCCAGAUCUGGGAGACUAUCCAAAGUCACACGAGUACAUGAUCUUCGCCGACGAUAACGCUUCUCCCGAGAUCUCAUCCGCACUUGGCGAUGUUCGAGGCGUCAACCGCAAGACGGUCUUCGAAAUGCUCGACAUCGUCAGCGCCACGCUCACCAAACUCGACCGGGAUGGCGACUCUGUCAUGCAGGACUCACAGUUCAACGAGAUCGACAAGUACGAGAGCGAAGAAGAAGAUGAAGACGACAUUUACGACUCCGAUCAUGAGGCCUUCGAGAUUUCAGCUCCCGCACAUAACCCAGCUUACGCCAGCCAAGCACCCGCCUCAGCUAAAGCCGGAGCUAAUGGACGAGCAUUCAGACAACGCAUUCGAACUGAUCUUCGAAAUGCCAAGGAUGCUGGCUUCAAGGUUGGCUACCUCGGCCACCUGCUCGCCGGUUUCAACGCCUACGUGACGGUUUCGAUACGCAUGACCAAGCUUGGCAUCUCCGAAGAAGCUAUGCAGGCAUGGCAGGUCGAGCCUGACGACUACCUCACCCUCAUCAUUCAGUACCCAAAUGGAUACAAAACCAAUGAAGAGCUUCAAGGAUACGACAGCAUUCGACUUGUCCCAAACCUGUGCAUGAGGGUCGUGGCCGGCAAGCACUACAAGCCGACACUCCAAGAAGCCAUCAAUGCGUUUACGGUAGUGCAGAAGAAGGAUCGCACCAGCGUCAGCGUCAGCAACCUGCCAGAUUCUGAUACGCCAGAGAUCGCUCCGUCAAUCCGAGAGACAUUCAUCUCAAAGCCACUGGCUGCUCUCCUGCAAGAGCGACUCAUACCAAUUCUGAGAUUCCGUUCAGCAGGCAUGGGCUGGAAGGGUGCUGAAGAUUGGUAUCGCCAUCAAGCCUCGACUGGAACCAGCAGCGCAAAUGCGGACGUCAUCCCCGAUCAGUACUACUUUCCAGACUCGCAUAACGACGCUCUUCCAGACAUUGUCAACCGCGAUCACUACAGCGAGAAGGGAACGACGCAGUACUCAUUCCCGCUGCUUGCCAUGCAAUUCUUGCUGCGCCACUUCGUUCGCUGUACCGACUUCUGCCUUGUCUGCCAUCGCAAGCUUGACACAGAGGUUGAGGCAAUCAAGCCCUACGUUUGCGACGACAGCCUUUGCUUGUAUCAGUACAUGACCCUCGGCUUUGGCCCAAGCAUCGAGCACGAGGUCCUCGCCCAGCCAUACGUUGUGGACUUGCUCAUUUCUUUCUGCUACAACAGCGCCGCCGCUCGCAAGCUAAAGGAGUUUCCAGACGGUCUCUCAAUUACAGUACCUCCAGUCGACACCAAAGCAUACAACGUCGUCGACAGCGCUGCGAAUUAUCGAGGUCGUGUGUACGGUCAGCCUACGCCACCACAGAAGGCAUUGGCAGCAAAGGAGACUCCGAAAUACGACGCUGGUUUCGAUCUGAACAAGUGCGAAAUCAUCUUCUACGAUCAGUCCAAGACUUGCCCAGUCAGGCGAGGCAGUUGGAUUGUAUUGAACACAAACUCUGUCGAAGACCAUGACUUGCACUGUCGCGUCUCAGAGACCACAUUCUUCCCGACCAUCUCGAUUGACAAGCCGGUUCACAUUCGCAAGCAGCAGCACAGCGAGAAUGGCCAUCCCCCAGGCACGGUGGCGCCACAGACGCCUGCCUCUACCAGACCCGUCAGCCCCGCCAACUUGUCGCCAAACUGGGCUUCCGUUACAUUCUCUGUGUAUGAUCAAGACUUCUCAGAUCUAGACGCUACGGGCAAGUCUCUAUCCAUCUGCAGACUCCUCGACACCCUACCCACGGUCCAGGAGAUGAAAGACUACCUCAGCCGCGGUCACUCCGCAGAGCUUAGGUCCUGGGUUGAACGCAUCUCUCCAUCAGCACUCAGCCUCCUACGUUGGAUCAUUGCAAGCAAUCGUGCCUGUAUCAUGCAAGUUGACGGCCAAACAGAUGCGCAGACAGGUUCCUCUGGUGUCGAUCGAAGUGCAGAGAGAUGCUUUGGCAUGAAAGAUCAUAUGCAGUUUAGAUUCGCAAUGGGAGCACCAGACAAAGAGCAACGCUUCAUCACUGAGGUGCGCAAGACCACCAAGCGACUGGGACUCGAAUACCCCACCAUCUUCGCAUGGCAUGGCUCUCCUCUGUGCAACUGGCAUAUGAUUAUUCGAGAAGGUCUCCACUUCAAGAAUGCAGACCACGGACGUGCUUAUGGAGAUGGUGUUUAUCAUGCCAAAGAAGCGGGUACAUCUCUCGGAUACUCUUCCAUGAGCUAUGUUCCUUCUCAGCGGCAUGGGCAGUGGCCCGGCAGUAUACUCAACAUCAACAGUGCCAUUGCUCUCAACGAGAUUGUCAACGCACCUGCCGAGUUCACGUGUCAGCAGCCCUACUACGUGGUCCAGCAACUCGACUGGAUUCAAACUCGAUACCUCUUCGUCUCGGUUGCGCCAACGCAAAACCUCCUCGGCACUGACAAGAUGCCUUCGAACCCACAUCCACAAGAUCCCAGCAGAACUCCUCGUGGUAUGAGUGGUACCAUUGCCAUACCAGCAUCGGCCGUGAAGUCCAGCAAGACCGCUCGUGGCAUAGCCGUCGCGGACGAUUCGAACAAUCCCAACCCACUCAAGAAGCUGAAGCUCUUCGGAGGAAAGAGCAACCCCAUUCCUCUUGACGACGAUGACGCAGCGAGUGUUGUUACUGAGGCUGAGGAUGUAGACAUUAUGUUCGACGAGCCGCCAGAGCCGGAGUCGGAACCAGUCCAAUCCAAAGCCCAGCCGUCUUCAGCAAUCAAGAUGCGCGAGGGCCCAAAGACUGACUUUGUCCCAGGCAGUCUGGACUUCAGCUCCUUGCCCAUCAUGCCAAUGCCGACCUACGCCGUCUCCGGCACUACCAAGCACCUCAUGAAGGAGAUGAAGAGUUUGCUGAAGGUGCAGGAGACGACGCCACUGGCUGAGCUGGGAUGGUACAUUGACGGCAACAAGAUCGAGAACGUCUACCAAUGGAUCGUCGAGCUGCACUCCUUCCACACCUUUGAAGUCAAAGACAAACCCCUGCCCCUCGCCGAAGACAUGAAGAAGCAAAACGUCAAGAGCAUCGUCCUCGAGAUCCGCUUCAACAAGGACUUCCCCUUCUCCCCACCCUACGUCCGCGUCAUCCGCCCUCGCUUCCUCACCUUCGCGCAAGGCGGAGGCGGCCACAUCGUCAUGGGCGGCGCGAUGUGCAUGGAGCUUCUCACGAACACGGGCUGGUCGUCCGUGUCGUCGAUGGAGUCCGUGCUCAUGCAGAUCCGCAUGGCUAUUGCGUCUGAGCCUUUCGCGCGGCUCGAUGUCCAUCACGGGAAGAUGGACUACGGCACCAUGGAGGCGGCUAAUGGCUACAUCCGCGCGUGCCAGACGCAUGGCUGGACGGUUCCGCCGGGGUUCAAGGAGAUGGCGUACGGGUCGGGAAAUGGUGAGAUUCACUAG